AUGAUAAACCAACAGGAAUUCCGGAACCAAAAAAGAAAAAGUCUAAAUCUGUCGAAGAGAACUCAGGCAGUGUCAAAUGACCCCUCGAAAACGCACCGCUCUAAGUCGAAAACGAAAGAGCCGGACGCGACAAAACCAAAGAAGACCCAUGGCGAGAAGGUGAAAUCCAAUUCAGAACUGAAAAAACCGAAGAGCACUAAAUCGCCGUUAAAAGAGAAACAGUCAAAAAGAAAGGAGGAAGAAGAGAGGAUACCAACACCGGAACCUGUAGUGCAAAUUGCUGAGACAUAUGAGGACGACUUCGAAGAUUAUACGGAUGACUUUGAAAGCGACGACGAUGACGAGAACGUGAUCGGCAAGCCGAAUGCCAGCGAGCAACGUCCGGUCACUGCCGUAUCUUCUUCUUCAAUUUCAUCCGAAAAAACGAACGAUCUGGCGCCACAGCCGCUGUCCAAGUCAUCGACACCACCAAAAGAAGAGUUGCCACGAAUCGCCUCUGCCGAUCGACGCAUUGAUUUCUCCAGUGCUUCUACCAUCGAUCCCAAUGCCUUCACUGAGAUGAAUGAGCGUUACAGGAAACUGAGAGAGCUUAUUGUUCUGGAACCCACUUUUUACACAAUUGUGGACAUUCCACCGAUAAAGGACUAUGAUUUCUAUAUGGAAUUGUUUGGACAGUCAGGGAAGAGUCAGGUCAGCUCUGCA